UGUAACGGGAGAAAAAGUAAUUCGUUUGAUUACUCGUUACUGAAAAAAGUAACGGCGUUAGUAACGCCGUUUAUUUAUAACUCCGUUAUUCCCAUCACUGGGCUUGGCCACGCAUGGCAAUUUGCGUGUACCUACAGAUAUCCCGUUUCAUCCACACGAAGGGAGACUUGCUGAGCCAACACCAGAAAGCAUCAGUUCAGCAAAGCAGGGAAAACUGAAGGUGUCUCUUCCUUGGCUGUUUGAGAAAACAGACAAUUCAAAUUCCAAAGGCCAUCCCAUAACUGAAUCAUCUGAGCACUACGUGUUGUAUGACAAAUUACAUGAAUCAAACACGAAAGACCCCCAGGAUGUACUCAAAAUAAUUAGCCUGGUCCCAGAGCUACAGGGUUGGCUGAAUAGCCAAAUUGCAGAGCAGUUUUUUGCAAGCUUGCGAAAAAACAACUAUUUCCUCAACAACAUGGCACCUUCAACGCACAUCUUCAUUAUGCACAACAUUGUUCAUCACAAGAACACUUCCACAAACCAAAAGCUUCUGGAAGUACAGCUGCAACGUGGUCACAGACCUCAUGGUCUUGAAAAUAUCACCCUUUCUGACUUAGGACAAGCAAUUCUAGCCCAACAAGCCAGUGACAGAGAAACUGUUCAGCACCAUCCACAUCAGUUCAACCAGAAAGACUUUGAAAACUGUGGACCUCAAUGUGAAGUAUUCACUAAGUGUGAAAAUAUUGCUGCUUGUCGAGCGUCAUGGACUUUGGGAAGUCAUCCAGCUCAAAAAUAACUACUCAACUAUAUACUGGACAUUGAGAGACCAAGAAAUGAGCUGAUUGUCCGAACCGCGAAGACAGUCUUAACCCGUGCUGACUUUUGGACAUUGGGCUUGAACAGAGACAUGGAGUCCACAAUUGGAAAUAGUUGUUUUCAGUUGAUUGAAAGCAUUGCACAGUCAAAGGGCAAGAACAUUUACAUAGCUGACCUUUAUGUUGUAACAACAUGGCUGCCACCAAACGAAAGUGAUCCAUUUUUGACUCUGCCUGAUGAUGCUCACUUAAAAGACGCACUUGUGAUUCCACUUUGGACACCAGGACACUACCAGUUGUGUGGAUAUUGCAAACAGGAUAAUGCCUGGAAAAUGGACUGAAAAGACAGGUCUUGACUUACAGGGGUUUCCAGGUCAACCUUAUGGCAAUGACUGUGGUGUCUUUAUGUUAAUGUCUGCAUUUUACAUGGUGAUGGAUUCCUCAUUUGACUACACAAUUCUGGACAUGCCAGAACUGCGGAAAUGGUGGUGUGUGAUGUUAAUGGAGAACUAUGGGCUGGAUAGCCACGGAAAGGUUUUUGCACACUUCACUGAGGAGUCUAAAGCCUUACUAAGCGGUGAUUGGCAGCCUGCUUUUAGACUAAGGAAAAGGAAGCUAGAGGACACCUGUCAGGAAGAGCCACAACAUUUGGUUCAGGAAUCAUCAUCACAGGCAGAUGAUGCAAGUAUAAAUGUACUGCAUCCUGUGAUGGAGGAUGCACUACUUGAAUCAUCACAAGAGAACCAAUUGAUGAGAGAUUUAAAGGAAGCCAGCAAGUGGUGUUCAGAACAGUCAAGUGUGCUGCUUGGUUCUGUUCAGCUGCCCAAAGUACUCUAUAUGGAGGAUGAAGAUUUUGAUGAGGCCAUGGACAAAUUACAGAAAGCUCCAUUUUCAGAGGACAGAAUUGAUGCUCUGGAACCUUUCUGCUUUAUUUUUACUGAGAAGGAGGACAUGAUCUUUUUCCUUGAUCAUGUAGUUGAUGUCAUGAAUCUGAAAGUAUUCUGUCAAACUGAAACAAAAGAAAAUACAUAA